AUGACGCCUGAACCGCCGUUUGACUACAGCACUGUUGUUGCAAUUCUUUCGCACACGGCGGUGUUCAAGCAGAAUUGUCAUGCCCGAUACACCUUGGGCCCGGUGGCGCUAAAGGUGACGACAGCACCCUCGUUGUUGCCAGCGAGUCACAAGGGAGAUACAGCACGUGUUGGCCAUGAGGAUCAUGGGGAUCGCGCCUCCGUCUCGUGCCACGAUGGAGUAGCGCACCCAACGCUGCACGAAGCGAUGAUUUACGCCCUUGUGUGUCCGCAUCCAUCCAUUCCCGUCUUUGUGGAGUGUGUUGAGGAUUUAUUUGACACCUCGUGUUUCCUUGCGAAGGAGAAGCGCUGCGCCCCGCAGCGCUUGCCUGUCCUCGUUACACAAUUUGUCAAGGCCGCCUCCAUUGACCGCUUCUUUCAUACAUUUCGGGUCCUUCGUUGGUCCGUGGCCGUGCAGGUUGCACACCAGGUUGCCAGUGUGUUGCAGCAUGUUCACAGCAAGGGCGUGGUGUACGGCGAUCUCAAACUGCCGAAUGUCCUCCUCGGGGAUGGGGGUCAUGUAUGGCUUGUGGACUUCGCCAGUGCCGUAGUUGUACGAAGCGGUGUAGAUGACUCUGAAAUGAGAGGCGUGGUUGGCAGGGAGGAGCUGGCGCGGGGUAUUACGUGUCAUCUGCAAGCACCAGAGCUCCUUCCCACCGCACGGGCAGCGGAGACGGAAGCGUUGCUGGCGCAUCCCUUCAUGGUGGACUUUUGGGCCUUUGGUACCUUCCUUUUCGAACUUUUAACGGGGCAACCUUUUAUGGGAUCCUUCGUGGAGCGCAGUGGAAACUAUACACAGGAUGAACUACAGAUAAAAGUGUUAGAGGGAUGUUCACUUGCGGAGCAGCGCUACAGAACUGCCUGCGGUCCACGCUACUCUCCUGGCGUUUGGAAUGCUCUUAGGGACCUCCUUACGGGACUGAUGCAGCGCAGCCCAGAACGGCGACUCGGCUUUGGUGGUGGUUGGGGUGAGGUUCUGCGACAUCGCUUCUUCAGGGUUGUUGAAGUGGAUCUGCAUGAGCCUUUCCCUGCAGAGUACGCAGAGGAAAACAACGAGCUCACGCUGGGGCUGUGA